UACUGGAAAUGGGAAAUUCGGCACUAUUCAAACAUCACCUUCUGUCCGUUAUCACAAUCCGCUUCUGUUAUCACUUCUUCAAAAACACAACAAAAUUGAUUGAACGUUCAGAACUUUCUGAAUUUUUCACGAUCGCAGCUUUCGUUUUCAUCGUAGAAAAUGUUCAAAAAUAUCAUUCUCAAGUUCACCAUCAAAAAGUGUAUCCCAAUUCAUCCACCUUUAUCGUUAACCAAAUACUCAACACAGUCCAACACAAGUAGUAUAUCUUCGAACAUACCUUUUAAUUACGAUAUUUCCGCAGAAUCGCAUCACUACACCGAUGUUUUCCUACGUGACAUGACCAUCGUACCCGAUUUCAUCUCCGAGACCGAAGAAAACGCAUUAUUCGACGAAGCUCAAACAGAUUUACGUAGUAAAAGAUACGAAUACGAUCACUGGGACGAUGCUAUUAUAGGAUUUCGCGAACUCGAACGACUUCAAUGGAACACUGAAAACCAGAAAAUAAUCGAAAGAGUAAGGAAAUUCGCAUUUCCUCCGAGUUGUGGUCUUAUUCAUCAUGUUCAUGUGUUGGAUUUACACGAAUCUGGGUACAUUAAACCUCACGUCGAUAGUGUGAAAUUUUGUGGAAAUACGAUCGCCGGUAUUAGUUUACUGUCUGAUAGUAUAAUGCGUUUGAUUAUGGAAGAAAAUAAGUCUAUAAAGUUAGAUGUACUGUUACCUCGUAGAUCUUUGUAUAUAAUGCGAGAUGAUGUAAGGUUCAAGUUUACUCAUGAGAUAUUGAAAAAAGACGAAUCUGUGUUUAAAGGUAUGAAAAUCGAUAGAGGUAGACGAAUUUCGAUUAUAUGUCGCAAUGAAGUUAGUAAUUAGAUUCAAAUGUGUGAAUUUCAUUUCAUAUACAAUUAAGAACUUGUAUCGGUAUUGUCUUUUUUAUUUUUCACUAUUGCAUUUACGAAUGUAAUGUGUAUCUAGUUAUGUAAAUAGUUUACCAACUGUGAUAAAAUAUUGUUCUUUUUGAUGUUCAUUAAUUAUUAAUACACCUUACGUUUGUUUUGUCG